UCGCCUGACUGUCAUUUAGCCUCGGUCGGUUCUGAGGAGAAGGACGGCGGCGACGUAGCGCCGGCAAAAGAAAAUUAAAAUAAAAGAAUAACUAAAUACGGACGCGAAAAGGAUAUAUUAACAAAGAUGAAAACUGUCGAAACGUACAUCUGAUAUUUGUAUAGUCAUAUUUCCUUUACGUAACACUACAAUUCGGGGAAUCCGAGAACCGACCGAUGACGUAAUUUUAUCUGUAAAAAUAGUUAAAAUAUACUAUCUCGUACGGCUGUGUCAUUCAGGUCAGCACAAGAAAAAUCGAGUAAAUAGAGAACAUUUAUUUUUAUUAUUGCUAUUAUUUUUUUAACAUUUUAUUUAGGAUACAAUAAAGAACGUUGUUUAUCCGUUGAAGCACUUCAGUUUUCUUUAAUAAUUUGAAGGAUUUUGCUGGGGCUCUUACGAUUUUGAAAAAGGAGUAGAUCGGCCUGGACUGUGUUUUCAGUGGUAAAGAGUCUUUUAACAAACGUUAACAUUCGUUUCAACAGCUAUUUAUCGCCGAAAAGGAAAACUGGCCCAAAUCCCGAACAAACAGAAGACGUCAUCAGAAUUUCCCUGUUUUUAAAUGGUUUUGGCAGGUUAAGGAUCCGAGAGGAACGGACGAAAAGGACAUCUGACAACAAAUACUGUUGGGGAAAGUCAUACUGGAAAAUAUAAUAAAUGGGGGAUUACGGGUUUGGAGUCUUAGUGCAGAAUAACACUGGUAAUAAAUCAGCUUUUCCAGUAAGAUUUCAUCCACAUCUGCAGCCUCAGCAUCACCAUCAAAAUACAUCUCCAAGUCCUGCUGCUUUUAUAAAUAAUAACACAGCUGCUAAUGGCAGCAGCGCUGGAUCAGCUUGGCUUUUUCCUGCAGCAGCUGCCCACAGCAACAUGCAGGAUGAAAUCAUUGGGUCUGAAAAAUCCAAAGCCCAACAGCAGCAACAGGAAAUACAAGAAACACAAGAAAAACAACAGCUCUCUCCUAAUCAUCAGGAAACUGGUAUCAUCUCGGAGCAUGACAAGUCACGACCAGAAGAGAGCAAAGGAGACAGUGGUACUCCCGAGAGUGGAAAUGGCAAGGAGAAAUUGCGAAUUGAGUCCCCAGUAUUAACUGGGUUUGAUUACCAGGAGCCAUCCGGGCUUGGAACCGCUGCUCAAUCCAGCACUACUUCUACAUCAUCCCUGACAGGUUUUAAUAACUGGUCUGCUGCCAUACAGCCCACCCCCUCUACAAUCAUUAAUGAAGAUGUUAGCUUUUUCAACCCAGCAGCUUCUGGCAGUAAUGCCCCAUUGCUCUUUCAGAAUUUCUCACACCAUGUUGGUCCUGGCUUUGGGGGCAGUUUCUCACCUCAGAUUGCACCCAUUUCUCAGCACCAUCCACCCCACCCACAUUUUCAGCAUCCUCACAAUCAGCAUCAACAGCACAGGAGGUCUCCAGCAAGUCCCCAUCCACCACCAUUUCCACAUAGGAAUGCUGCUUUUAGCCAGCUGCCACAUUUGGCCAAUAAUCUCAGUAAACCGGCAUCACCCUGGGGCAGCUACCAAAGCCCCUCCCCAACUCCUUCCUCCAACUCCUGGAGUCCUGGGGGUGGUUAUGGGGGCUGGGGAGGAUCACAGGGCCGGGAUUAUCGUAGGGGUCUCAAUGGAGGUAUGGCACCCCUUAACUCCAUAUCCCCGUUGAAGAAGACCUUCCCCAACAGUCACAUACCAUCACAGAAGUAUUCCCGGACGAACCCAGGUUUCACCCAGAAGUCAUGGCUAGAGGAGAACAUGGCCCGCAAUGAAAACAUCUUCCCAUUUCAGGAACGGACCAGAUCAUUUGAUGGUUUCAAUAUGCACUCACUGGAGAAUUCACUGAUUGACAUCAUGCGAGCUGAGCAAGAUUCUCUUAAAGGUCGCCUAGGAUUCUCUCACCCUCCUGGGGACAACCCUCUACCCAUGAAUGGUCAUUCCUCCUUGUUUCCCAUGGAAGAUGGCUUUCCAGAUGAUGACCGAGCAGAACAGGGUCUUGCCAGCUUGGGUUCUCCCCACUGCUUCCCCCAUCAGAAUGGAGAGCGAGUGGAACGUUAUUCCCGCAAAGUCUUUGUGGGAGGCCUGCCUCCAGAUAUCGAUGAAGAUGAGAUCACAGCAAGUUUUCGACGAUUUGGUCACCUGUUUGUGGACUGGCCUCAUAAGGCAGAAAGCAAGUCAUAUUUUCCACCAAAAGGGUAUGCAUUUCUCCUUUUCCAAGAUGAGAGCUCAGUACAGGCGCUCAUUGAUGCUUGUAUAGAGGAAGAUGGCAAGCUCUAUUUGUGCGUGUCUAGUCCUACUAUUAAAGAUAAACCAGUUCAGAUCCGCCCAUGGAAUCUAAAUGAUAGUGAUUUUGUGAUGGAUGGCUCACAGCCUCUGGAUCCAAGAAAGACCAUUUUCGUUGGUGGUGUUCCACGUCCGCUACGUGCUGUGGAGCUGGCCAUGAUAAUGGACAGGCUGUAUGGAGGAGUGUGCUAUGCAGGAAUUGACACAGACCCAGAGCUCAAGUACCCCAAAGGAGCCGGGCGUGUUGCCUUUUCUAAUCAACAGAGCUACAUUGCUGCUAUCAGUGCCCGCUUUGUGCAGCUGCAGCACGGAGAAAUCGAUAAACGGGUGGAAGUCAAGCCAUAUGUCCUUGAUGAUCAGCUGUGUGAUGAAUGUCAGGGGACCCGCUGUGGUGGGAAGUUCGCCCCAUUCUUCUGUGCCAAUGUUACCUGUCUCCAAUAUUACUGUGAAUAUUGCUGGGCUGCUAUUCACUCGCGUGCUGGCAGGGAGUUCCAUAAGCCGCUGGUAAAGGAGGGGGGUGACCGCCCACGGCACAUCUCAUUCCGCUGGAACUGAAAGAACACUGUGUCGUCUUGAGCUGCAAAUGUCAUACAGAUAAAUGCACUUUUCUGUUGCUAUUUACUUUUUGAUUUUUCUAUUUUCUUUAAAGAGAUAUUUGAAAAGUUUAUUGAAAUGGGAAAAGAAACUAAGCAGUAAUCCAGUUUACCUCUGUCUCCAGUUCAGAUAUUAUAGAGAGUGCUUUUUGAAAGUUGCAUUUCACUGACCCCCUCAGUUAUGAAUUUCACUUCGAGGAGAUGGAAGAGUCCUAAAUGUGAUGAAAGCAGGCCUGGUGCACAUCAGUCAGUUUGUGAGGGACGAGUAUGCACACUGUUGUUUUGCCGGUGUUUUAUCUGGCAGUGCAACAUUAUGCUGCUUUUACCAACUUCUGACACAUAAUGCCUUUAUAUAAGAGAAAAUACAUGGAAAUCUUAGAGCUUUCUUUUGAGAAAAGGGUGCGCUUAUUUUUGUAUCAGAAAAUUUUUAGUUUAGACGCCCCACUAGUUAACCAAAGCUAGAGCAGAAUUGGCAAGCAAACGACUGCAGCCUGUGGUAUUUCCUUUACCAUCGCCAUCUUCUCCUGACACGAUGCUCACAUUCAGCUUCCCAGAUGGACUUCUUUUUUUUGUUUUCUUCAGCUGUUGGUUUUUCGUUCUCCAUGUCAACACGCAAACCUAAUACCUCAAGCUUUGCUGCUAAGUUUGUGAGUGUGGUGUACAGAGCUUGUCGUUUCCCCUUGUAAGUAAAACAAGAAACAGUCAAAGGGAAAGGCAUCAGCACAAAUUUGAACUUUAUUCAUGCAUUUCCAAUCGCUUUAUUUGUAUGGAUUGAAACACUGGCGGGGUCAGAAAUCAAUGUUUAUUUAUUUUAUUUAAUGAACAAAUUUACAUAUGGUAAAAAAAACAGCAAAAUGAAGACAUGCCAGACCUAGAGAAACAGAAAGAGAUACCAUAAAAGUGCGAGUGGGGCAGCCAAGGGUUUGUGUUGCACUCAUCUGCUCCAUUGUGGCAAAUGGAUAAUGUGUGUAGGGCUGAGAAUUUCAGGCCAUUGCCUGUGCAUGUUUUUCACCCCUGUCAGUACCUUUAUUUAUUUUUAAUAUAUUUAUUUAAUGAAAGAAAACAUACUGACAAAACAUGGCAGAACACGAUGUUACAUGAAGAAAAUAGAUAAGUAAAACCCAAGCACUGUCACCUCUCCAGUGCCAGCUUAAUGGCAGUUAUGCAUGCUGUCGUGUAGUUAAUGUGUGGCAUGUAAUGCACAGUGCAUGCUCUGCAGGUUGGCUUCAAGUAUUUCUGUCCACUUGCCAGUUACUCAGUCCAGUUUGGGCUGCAAUAAAAAGUGUGUGCCCUGCUGCCCAAGCAAGGCACCUCCAGCCAAAGAUGGUUGUGCAGCAGUGAGGCAGGAUGAUAUUUAUUUUCCUUCUGGUGAUGUUCUGAAGGACUCCAGCAAACCAAAGACUGGCCUCAAAAAUGAAGAGCGCACUGGAACAUUAGAUUUUUAAUUUGAGUGUUAAGAGAUAAAAAUGUAUAUAUUUCAGGCAAGGGAGUGUCGACUGUAGUGACGCUAAUAUACAAGAUGCAACACAGACAUAAAACAUGCGCAGGACUGGACUGUGCAGACAUAGAGCUUGUCAGGGACCCGAGUACCCAUAAUACUUCUCAAUUAAAAAUGUGAUCUGUAUCCUUCUGAUGGUGCUUUGCUACCAUCUUCCCAUGGCUUAUGGUAGAAGGUGUGUUGGGUUAAAAUUUUAGUAGUGUAACUUUUGUGAAGAAUUUGCAGUUAAUGACAAAAAAUAUUUUAUACAUGGCCUGCUGAUUUUGGUACAGUGUUUUCUAGCUAAAUUAUUUUGUCAUGCACAUAUAUACAUUUAUUAUGCACUACUUUUCUAUAUCUUUUUUUCCAACAGUCAUUUUAGGCAUAUUUUUUUCACGAAUGAAAAGACUCCUUUUUGCAAUACCUCAAUUUUUCACAUUGUGAAGGGUAGCUUUUGUACUUUUGUUACUGAGAGAUAUCUACAUAUAUGGUAAACUUCAUUUUAAAAAUGCAAUGAUUUUAAUAUAUAUUAUUUUCACCUCCGCUUUUUAUACAUUUCAGUGCUGAGGGAACUUUUUAAAUUAGCAAGCGUGCCACGUGUUGCAGUUUCACUCUGUAGAGGAGAGGAAGCAUAACAAUAAUGCUGUAGAACAUCCUUUAUCUGUUAACAAAAGAAGACGCUGCAUUAAACUAAGAGGAAGAUUUUAAGCUAUCAAAUCUUUUAAAGCAUGAAAAUGAUAAGCGGUUGUUAGAAGCGAAUGUUUGCUAUUUCCUAAUGCAUUCAGCACCUGACUCCAUUCAAGUAACACGCUCUCGGCUCCCUCACCAAUGGUAGCUGACACAGAAAUGCAAAAACAACACAAGUGGUAAAUGUUAGGCUGUAUCUUGUAUCACAAGAAUGGAUGUUAGGUGUUUUAAAUACUUUAAAUUUCAAAUAUAUAUUAUUGAACUGCCAACUAGAUUAUUAUAUUGUAAUCCUUAGCGUGCAUGAAGAAAAUACAGAAAUAAUUAGCUCUUCAGAUGAUUGUUGUGAUCGUGAUACAGACGUGUUUCUAAACUUUAAUUUCUUAAAAACCCCCAUGUGUUAAUCUCUAUGCCUUCUCCAUACACAGACCUCUGCGGAAUGCACAAAUAAAACUCUAAAAUUCUUUGCAGUGCAGGAGCUGAGCAAUGUAAAGGACACUGUUGGAAAGACUUGAUAUUAUACCCCCUUUGUAUUGAAGAACUAGGUGUUUCAUGAAAGGGGAUUUAAGACUUGAAUGUGGUAUAUGUUGCAAGUUAACUUCAAGUUGUUAUGUGCAAUACUUUUUUUUAAAUUUUUUCAGAAAAGAAUCUUUGCAAUGUAAUUCUUUAAUGCCAUUUUUAAUUGCAGACAUUUUAAGAAAUGUUAAUAUGUUUUUCACAGUCAUUUUCUACUGUUAUUGUAAUCCUUUUCAUGCUGGUGUUUGUAAAAAAGAAAAAGGAAAAAAAUCAAAAUAUUUGUACUAAUAUAAAUAAUUGAAGUUAUUUUUAAAACAUUAAAGGUUUUGUGCUCAUUUGCUUAUUUUGUUACUUUAUUUCAAGCUACUGUGAUUGAUAGCAUUGUAAUUAGGUCAAUAAAGUAUUUAGCAGUUUUCUUGGUAUAUUUUUAAUUGGAAUGUAUAAUUCAUUUUUAUAAUUUUGAUCAGAUUUUUGUUAUAUUUUUCAGGUGAAGCUUUUAAAAUGUUAAAGUGUCUAGUUUUUACUAAUUGCUAUAUUGUGCUCAACAAUAUAUGGUUCACAUUUUCAGAAGGAAAAGAUAUUUAAAUAUAUGUCUGUUAAUGAUGUUACUUGAUGGCAAAAUUUCAAGUUUUUAACUGUGUAUGGGAAGGUUGUUGUAUUUAUUAAUAGCAUUUUUUACUUAAGAUAUCACAUUAAUUUUUAUUAUGUCAUUUCACAUUUAUAAGUUCCUAUUUUUGUAUUUUUCUUUCUAAUUAAGUUAUGUAAUAUAAAUAUCAAUUUUUCUAGAGUUGGUCUGUAGAAGUGCUAGUGGAAAAAAUAUUUAAUUGUUUGCAGCCAACUAUUUAUAACAGUAUGCAUAAUUUUUAAAUAUUUGUAAUGUGAAAUGUUGAAUGAAUAAAACUUUUAACUGUGAAA